AUGCUCUUGCGGCGACCUGCCUCAUCUCUUGUGAGAUUUGGCGCAAAUCAGUCUCUAUUAAUCCACAGAUCGCCUUGUUCCUCCCUCAAUCAAUCUACACUAUCCAUUAACUCUCAGCCGGGUCAAAACUUUUCUACGAAUCCGAACAGACUUCUAACAACUAUCACGAAUCAAACGAGAUGGAGCAAGCUUCCCAGAACACGAAACAUUCGAUUUAUAUCCGGUAAACCUUUACCACAACGACGAUCAAAAGCUUUAACCUAUUUAUAUCGGUCUGCGGCUUUACUGGGAGGUUCUUUAAUCAUUCUGGGAGUCGGUGUUAUUGGAUUCUUCGUGUACGAUGCCACGACAUAUCGCGAAGAUCUCUCCUACGCGGAUAUUGCCAUUUCGGAGCUCGCAUUGUCUCCACGGAGAGGAGGUCCUAAGAAUUUACCUAUCGCCGAAGUUCAAAUCGACGACGAUGAUUCCGAGGAGAUGCAAAAGCAGAAAGAUAAACCGAAAUUGGUGAUUCUUGGAGGUGGAUGGGGAAGCGUUGCAUUAUUGAAAACGUUAAAUCCCGAUGAUUUUCAUGUCACUUUAGUCUCACCCACGAAUUAUUUCCUCUUCACACCUAUGUUACCUUCCGCAACGGUGGGGACAUUAGAGUUUCGCUCUUUGGUAGAACCAAUUCGACGGAUCAUGACAAGAGUUAAGGGUCAUUUCAUAAGAGCUACUGCAGAAGAAAUCGAGUUUUCCGAGAAGUUGGUGGAAUUAGCUGGGAAAAGUCCAGACGGCAAAGAAGUGCGAUUCUAUUUACCAUACGACAAAUUGGUUAUUGGGGUUGGGUCGCGAACCAAUCCUCAUGGAGUGAAAGGUUUGGAAAAUUGUCAUUUCUUGAAGGAUAUUGAUGAUGCGCAACACAUUCGAAAUUCUAUUUCGACCAAUUUGGAAUACGCAUGUCUACCAACAACAUCUGAUGAAGAGCGGAAGAGAUUACUUUCUUUUGUUGUUAGUGGAGGUGGUCCUACAGGAGUAGAAUUUGCUGCUGAGUUAUUCGACCUUCUUAACGAAGAUCUCACAGCACACUUUCCUCGGAUUCUUAGAAAUGAGAUCUCCGUACAUGUCAUUCAGAGUAGAGGUCAUAUCCUGAAUACAUAUGAUGAAGCCGUCUCCAAAUAUGCCGAGGAACGAUUCGCCCGUGAUCAGGUGGAAAUCCUGACCAAUUCCAGAGUUCAGGAGGUCAGAUCUGAUAAGAUUAUAUUUACUCAAAAGGGAGAAAAUGGCGAGACGGUCGUCAAGGAAUUACCCAUGGGAUUUUGUCUCUGGUCCACAGGUGUUUCUCAAACCCAAUUCUGCUCGAAAGUAGCCGCUGCACUUGGCUCGGCACAAACCAAUCGUCAUGCAUUGGAGACCGAUACUCAUCUUCGUCUUAAUGGCACACCUCUGGGAGAUGUCUAUGCAAUUGGUGACUGCUCAACCGUUCAAAAUAACGUUACUGAUCACUUAGUCACGUUCCUCCGAACUCUCGCAUGGGAGAAAGGCCAAGACCCCGAAAAAGUUCAACUCUCGUUCCGCGACUGGCGAGACGUUGCACAAAGGGUACGAAAGAGAUUUCCUCAAGCAGCAGAUCACCUCAAGCGUGUCGAUAAACUCUUCCAAGAAUUCGAUAAAGAUCAAUCCGGAACCCUCGAUUUCGGCGAACUACGAGAACUCCUCAUGCAAAUAGAUAGCAAACUCACAUCCCUUCCCGCCACUGCUCAGAGAGCCCAUCAACAAGGUAAAUACCUGGGUCACAAGUUCAAUAAAAUGGCAAAAGCAGAACCAGGGAUGAGAGUUAACGAUAUGAGGGAUGGUGAUUUGGACGAAGCUAUCUACAAGGCGUUCGAAUACCAUCAUCUGGGCAAUCUAGCCUAUAUUGGAAAUUCUGCAGUCUUCGAUCUGGGUGGUGGAUGGAAUUUUGCGGGGGGUCUUUGGGCGGUUUAUGCUUGGAGAAGUGUUUAUUUUGCUCAGAGUGUGAGUUUUAGAACGAGAUGUUUGUUGGCGAUGGAUUGGACUAAGAGAGCACUUUUUGGGAGAGGUAUGUUUUCUUUCGUAGAUGGCAGAUUGCAGAUUGAUGGGUGGUUGAUUGAGAGUGAUGUGGCUAACGUAUGCAUAGAUUUGAUGAAUUGGUAA